AUGCUCACGGACACGGCCGGCCAAGAAGAAUACCGCGGUCUUUGGGCCGCCUCGAACCUGCAAUCCGACGCUUUCCUCCUCGUCUACGAUAUAACAUCUGCCAACUCGCUCGACGCGCUCGACUACUUCAUGGAGAUGAUAGAAAUGGAGACCGAGAACCGGUUAGACAAUGGCAAGAUACCGCCCAUCAAGUGCGUGGUAGGCAACAAGUGCGAUUUACAGGGCCAAAGACAGGUAGAAGCGAAGACGGGUCUCGAGUGGGCGAGGCGGAGAAAGUGCGGAUUUAUGGAGACGAGUGCGAGGGAGAUGGUCAACAUUGAGGAGACUUUUGCGCUAGAAGCGCGGAGACUCACUGCCGGAGACGGCCCUGCGAACCGAACUGCCGCUCUUCCCCUUCAAUCGCAUCCGAACCGCGACCCGAACUCUUCGGCGGCGUAUCUGGAUAAUGAGAAGGAUGAUGAGGACGAGCCCAAAAAGAGUUGGUGGAGGAGGCUGAAGUGCUGGUAG